AUGGAUCUUACGAAACUAGCUAAUGAAGAUCCUUUAAACCAAAUAGAAUCUAAAAAUUUAGGUAAUUCAACCAUACGAUAUGUCACAUUCAAUGUCAAUGGUAUCAAAACCUUAUGUAAUUAUCAUCCUUGGAAUAAAAUUGAUCAAGAUUAUGAUGCUAUGUUCACUCUUUUAAAAGCUGAUAUCAUAACUUUACAAGAAUUAAAACUAUCCCCUUCAAAUAUAUCCACCAUUAAGAAUAUUGGGCAUUUACCUCAUUAUAAAUCAUUCAUUACUUUACCCAAAUUGAAAAGAGGAUAUAGUGGAGUUGGAGUUUUCAUACGGAUUCCAAGUCAAGAUGAGCCUCUUCAUGUUAAACGAGCCUUAACUGUUGUGAAAGCUGAAGAAGGUUUGAGUGGUUAUCUCUCAUCUUCCAAUGGGGUUAAAUACCGACAUUUGAAUGAAGCUGAUCAUAUUGGUGGGUAUAGUGAUGCUCUUGAUGAAACAUUAGGAUUGGAAUUAGAUGAACAAGGAAGAUGUGUGGUGAUUGAAUUAGCUAAUAAUACCGUUAUAUUUUCAUUAUAUUGUCCUGCCAAUUCAAUGGGGACUGAAGAAGGAGAAAUUUAUAGAUUGAAAUUCUUACAAACUUUACUUGAAAGGUGUCAUAAUUUGAAAUUUAAAAUGGGGAAAGAAGUGGUAAUAAUGGGGGAUAUUAAUGUAUGUCUCGAUUUAAUCGAUAGUGCUGAAUCUAUCAGUGAUAGAUUAAAGCAAAAUCUUAUAAAAUCAAGUUUAGAUGGGUUGAAAUUUGAAGCUAUGAAUUAUGAAGAAUGUCAAAUGUUUAAACGGAAUUCAACCAAGGCAAGAAUCCUCUUGAAUAAAUAUACUAUCCCCCAACUAAUAUUCAAUUACAAAGAUGAUAUCAAACCUCCACCAUCAAACACAAACUUUCUUUAUGAUACCACUCGAUAUAUCUUAGGAAGGAAGUUGAAUGUCUAUACAGUUUGGAAUACAAUGACUAAUUCUCGAAGCAUCAAUUAUGGAUCAAGGAUUGAUUUGAUCUUGGUCAGUUCAUAUGCCAUGGUGAAAAAUAUAUCUCAGGCUGAUAUUUGGCCCUUCAUCUUAGGUUCAGAUCAUUGUCCGAUAUUUACUGAUUUCGACGUGUUGGAACAAGAAGAUAAUGGUGAAACUUUACCAAUUGUAAAUAAAUUAAAUUUCGAAGCUAAAUAUUAUCAUAAAUUAUCCCAAAUGAAAGAUAUCGCUCUGAUGUUUUCAAGAGUGAAAUCUCAAACAUCUACAUCAAGUGUUAAUUCAAAUACUAGUACUGCAUCUUCGUCUUCAUCUACUCCUGAUCCAGAAUUGAAGAGAUCGUCAACUUCAGAGAUUAAGAAAUCAUCAACUAUAGAAUAUGUUAGUAGGAAGAAACCAAAGAAAGAUGAUUCAGCUCAAAAGUCUAUAGGUAAUUUCUUCUUUCUGAAGAGUAAAUAA